UGGUAAACUGUAUCAGAAUAUUAACAGUUGUUAUCGUGUAUUUUAAAUCCACAUGAAGAUAUUAUUUACGAUACUCAACUAAACUAAAGUCUAAAACGGAUUUUUUGCUCGAGUCGGACACGGAAAACACGUGCUUCGAUGGAUUCAGUAUGACCGAUUUGACUCAACGCGUUGUCACUAAUAAACCUGAGAAAAAGGGUAAAACUCCCAGCAAUGGUAAACAAGUGGGAAAAGGUUCCAAGAAAUCUUGCAAAAAGUUGCAAACGGCUACGAAUGAUUUACCCAUAGCGGGGACGUCGACAGAAAAAGAGUCUGCUCCGGGUCCAAAAGUAGGUUCUGAUUUAGUGAACGACGUCAGCGCCUCUAUAGUAAACAUUGACGGCCAUGUGUCUUCAAAACGGAAUGAAACUAAUGUGACUGAUAAUAUUUAUCAAAAUAUGUUUGUGGAAAUGACUGAGAUGAUUUCAAAUCAAAACAAUCUGUUUACUCAACUUAUCAAGUCCAGGAACCAAAGUCAAAGUGGGCUUAUUGAGGAUUUGGAGUCGCCACCUGUAUCGCCUUCAAUCUCUGAUCAAAAUCAGGACACUGUCGACGAAGUUGAUAUUUGCACACAAAUUGAUAACGUUCUCAUGGACACUGCUCCGGAGGCUGGGACAACGGAUGUCUUGUUACAGGAUAUACAACAGUUAUAUGCCGAUGAUUCGGAUUGUGGACCCGAUAUCAAUCAGAAGGUAGCAGAUUUAAUCAAUAAUCUGUUGUGUCCAAAAAUUCCAGAUUCUAAAUUAAAUAAAACUGGAGAAGAAUAUAAAAGACCUCAAGAAUUUAACCUCAACAACAAAAUCAUGUCUAGACUUUGUUCGGUCUCUAACAGAGUCACUCAGAAUCUUUUUGGAGAUGAUCUUCCGAAGUCGAUCAAGGAUAUCAGUGAAGUCAGUCGUGUUGGCCAAAAUGUUCAACCACGAAGAUUACCAUUUAAUGCUAGACGUCCUUUUCCUUAUCAAAGAUCUUAUAAUAGUCAACAGAUUAAUUAUAAGAAUUCUUAUAAGAAUCCUGCUAGUACUGGAACCAGUCACAGAUAUGGCUUAAGUGGUCAGAUGUCAAAAAACUUCUAUCCAGGGAGGGGACGAAGUCGGAAGAAACCAAACUAACACAGG